AGUCCAUGUUGUUCCGUCAGGCUGUGUGUGAACAAGUGCUCUGUCCGAAAACUCUCACGUUGCAACUUGUCUUUGCUUGAGAAGUGAAGUUGCGAGUGCAAGUGAGUGUUUUGACUAUCCAGGAACAAAAGAUGGCGGACUACCGGGAAGACACCGGAGCUCGAGCCCUGUUAGCUUUACAGUCGGCCCCGUGCAGCCCUGUGCGCGUCGCGGUGACCUCUCACGCCUAUCAUCAGCCCUCGCUACCCAUCCUGGGUCCUCCGAUAAUGGAAGGUCGCAACGACGUCGGGCAUUUUUCUGCAAGGCUCUCCUCUACUCCUCCGCAGGCCCUGGCGAGGCUCGAGGGCCGGGAUUUUGAGUUUGUCAUGCGCCAGAGGACGGUCACCAUAGGCCGGAACUCGUCCCACGGCUCUGUGGACAUCAACAUGGGUCACUCGAGUUUCAUUUCAAGGCGACACCUGCAGAUUAUCUACGACGAGGCGGUCGGCUUCUCCCUACGGUGUCUGGGCAAGAACGGCGUGUUUGUUGACGGGGUGUUCCAGCGAAGAGGGGCACCGCCGCUGCCGCUGCCCAGAGAGUGUGUGUUUCGCUUUCCCAGCACCGUAAUCAAGAUCCAGUUCAUGUCCCUCCUGGAUGCUGAGGAGCGCAGAGAGAAAGAGCAGCCGUCUCCUCCUCCUCGCCCACUUCUGCCCCACAUUUCCCCUCUUAAAAUCUGCAUUCCCACAGUGCAGCAGCACGAGGAGCACAUCAGGGCGUUUGGCUCUCCGCUGCCUUCACCCACCGGUACAAUCAGUGUUCCUAACUCCUGUCCAGCCAGUCCACGUGGGGCAGGGUUAUCUGGGUACCGCUAUGGACGCAACGUGACCUCUGACCUCCAGUUAGCAGCUGAAUACGCUGCCAAGGCUGUUUCUGAGCAAAGACGAAAUCUCGCUGAGCAGAGAGGUGGAGGAAGUGAGCAGCGUGUGGAGCCAGUGGGGGGGGACAGCCCAAAGGAUGAAUCCAAACCACCUUAUUCUUAUGCACAGCUGAUAGUCCAGGCGAUCUCUUCAGCUCCGGACAAACAGCUGACUCUCAGUGGGAUUUAUGCCCACAUCACCAAACACUACCCCUACUAUCGCACUGCAGACAAGGGCUGGCAGAACUCGAUCAGGCACAAUCUGUCUCUGAACCGCUACUUUCUGAAGGUGGCCCGUUCUCAGGAUGAGCCUGGAAAAGGAAGUUUCUGGCGCAUCGAUUCUGCUUCUGAAAGCAAGCUGGUCGAGCAAGCCUUUAGGAAACGACGGCAACGAGGGGUGGCGUGCUUCAGGACACCGUUUGGACCUCUGUCUUCAAGAACAAAGAGUGCCCCUGCGUCCCCGACCCACCAGGGACUUCUGUCUCCUCUAUCCAGCGGUCUGCAGACUCCCGAGUGUCUCAGCAGAGAGGGCUCUCCUAUCCCUCAGGACCACCACGAACAGCUGGUGAACAAACUGGCGUCUGUGCCGGAGUAUAGGUAUUCCCAAAGCGCCCCAGGUUCUCCAGUCAGCGCUCAGCCCGUCAUCAUGGCCGCUCCUCCUCAUCCGACAGUCUUCAACUCAGGCCCUGGGAAAACCUUCGCUUUAGUUCCAGGUGGCGGCGGUCAAGUGCAGCCAAUCCAUGUGCUUCAAAACGCCCCUCAGCCCUCGGUCACCAUGGUGAGGGUGGUGACCCACGCCCCUUCAUCUUCCAACCCUCCAAAUGGGUACAGCACACCUACCGUUGGAGGAGUAGAGGGCAAUAACGACAUCAGAGACGCCCAGCUGAACAGAGAGCUGGUGAUCCAGACUUUGGACAGUGCAGUGCAGGCUGGGGAGGGACGUCACAUCACCCCAGGUCUACACCAGCUUCCUGUUCGACCCGUUACCCAGAAUGGCAAACAUGCCACUGCUGCCGUUUCCCUGGCAACCAGCUUCACCAAUGCUUCUGGCCUGAACAGUCCUCUGCAGAUCUUGGCUGCACAGGCCUCCAGCUCCCCUCCAGUUCUUGUGAACAGGCCGCCCAGCGCAGACGCUUCAUCCGGACAACGAGGCGAGCCUCAGGCCAAGCGGCCAAAGAUGGAGGACGAGGGAGGGACCGAGUCUGCUCAGCAUCAAGUCACACCUGCCCAGCAGCCUGUCAUUGUUGCAAUGACAUCACAAACCCAUGACCCAAGGCAAUAAAAUCCAGGGCUUCUCAGCAGGCGUCCAGUGGAGAGCCUCUCUGUCUUCUCAAUGCUUCAACUUUUACACGUUUGAUAUGACUCGCUGACAUUACCUAAUGUACAGGCAAGUCUGUCAGAAGGGAAAUAAAUCCUCACAGAACAUC